AAACCGACUGCCCGACAGGAGACGGUGCAGGCUAUGUGGAUGUUUUAAAUUAAUCUUAUCAGAUGAAAGAAAUUUCCUUACAUGUCAUUAUAUAAAUUUCGGAAGAGGGGACAUGGCUUUACAAAAGCAUGUUUGAUUUUUGAAGAAGAAUGUCAUUAAAUACAACUAAACAUGGCCAUUUCUCAGAAGGAUAUAUCCCAGACUGCAACAGGAAUGUUGCCAUGGAUACUUUGGUGUAUUCUUGGAAAUAUAGACAAUGUUUUCGCUUCCUAUGGAGACAGAUCCUAUAUUUAUCAAAAGUGUCUACAAAAUUGUCAGAUUGAAAAUUGUACAGGAUCAGCAUCUAUUGCUCGCUUCAAAGAAAAUCAGCCUUGGUUUGAAGAAAAAUUAUACUGGAGCUGUGAAGAUGACUGUCAAUAUCACUGCAUGUGGAAAACUGUAGAGGCAUUCCGAAAAGAUAACAUAGCAGUUCCACAGUUCUAUGGAAAGUGGCCAUUUAUACGAGUUUUUGGAAUACAAGAGCCAGCCUCCGUCGUCUUUUCUAUUCUGAAUGGCCUGUGUCAUUUCCGCAUACUUACCUACAGGAAGGUGGUGCCUAGCACCACAGCUCUGUAUUAUGUCUGGCAUAUAGUGGCAUUGAUAGGUCUUCAUGCGUGGAUGUGGUCAACUAUUUUCCACACUAGAGAUUUUCCACUCACAGAGAAAAUGGACUACUUCUGUGCUUUCUCAUUAGUUCUAGCCAACUUAGGAUCUUUAUUUUGCAGGAUUCUAGGAACAGAAAAGCGACGUAGAAUCACCAUUGUUUUAUUAAUGCUUGUCAUAGUCUAUGUACAACAUAUUUACUACCUGGCUUUUAUCAAGUUUGAUUAUGGUUACAACAUGAAAGUUAAUAUAGCCUGUGGAUGUGUGAACUUGUUAGGAUGGUUGUAUUGGUGUAGAAGACACUGGAGUGAGCUUCCUCACACAAGGAAGUGUUUAAUCGUGAUGGUCGGGAUGAACGUUCUCCUGAUGUUGGAGGUUCUAGAUUUCCCUCCCAUUUGGUGGAUGUUUGAUGCCCACAGUCUGUGGCAUGCUGGGACAGUUCCCCUGGGAAUUCUGUGGUACAGCUUUAUUAUUGACGAUGGAAAAUAUCUGGCUGAGAAACAGAAGAUGAAGAAAAUUCCUUGAAGACGUCCAAAAUGUGUUCAACAUAGUAACCUGCACUGUUACAUGGGAGUUGUGCAAGAAUAUUACACAGUGCUCAUAUUAACUUGUGAUACGUAAAGUAGUCCUUUAUUUGUUAUAUGUAGCCGUAUUUUUAUAUUUUUGGGUCACUCAGAUGACCUAAUGCUAUCUUUUCCAUAAUCAUACUAGUCUGCAUCUGUAUACUUUUGAACAUUUUUUCAGUAACAGUAAUCUUCUGUAACUAAAUAACUAAGAAGUAACAUUAAGAAUUUCAUGACCCCCCACCCCCACCCCCCACACCUCAAGAGGCCGGGGCUGGCCAAAAUUAUCAGAAUUAGUACAGUCUUCAAACAACCCUUUUAUUCUCGGUCAACUAUGUGUAGCAGACAAACUGCAGUCAUUGAUUGCAUAUGUAUAAUGAGUAAUUUACCCUAAAUUUGCAAAACUUUGGAUUUUUUUACAUCAAUGUUAAGGCCCCAGCUUAGUUGUUUAUACAUACAUGAACAUGAUAUCUUGGAGAAUUUUUUUCCCUUUUACUCCAAGCCAUUUAGGAGCCAGGCAAAAUGUUUUCAUGAAUAUAAGAAACACACUUUUCCACCAAAAUUGUGAAAUUCAUUUCCCCCGGGCCAAGAGUUCAGCCCUAAUGUGAUCUAGCUAAUUUGAUUGUACAGUGAAAAGAAUACAUUAUCUGCAAAAUUUUUCAAAAUUGUUGUUUUUCAAAUACAUGUAUUUAUUUAACAGUGCACAAACCUCUGAUACAAAAGUCUCAAAUAUAUAAAUUGAUAGAGCUGUUUGCUAAAGUUUAUUGGAUUCCUGCUGCUGAAAAUGACUAUGAAAGUGUUAUUAAUUAACUUGCCUGCAGGCAGAAGAUUCAGAGCCUAAUCUUUAUCUUUAAUUAUAAAUGAUCGUGCAUUUUAGACUAAGUUUAUCAAAUAAUGUAUGAUAUCUUUGAAUGGUUUUACAAGUUAUAUGUCUUCUUCAAUAAAAAUAAAUUAAUAUAAAUUAAUAUCUGUCACAUAAGAACUUACACCCCUGUCCUAAGGUCAUGUUUUGUGAAAAUGCUGAUACUCAGGGUGACCUUGAAGUCACAUUGCCUGUUGUUGUAUAAUUUUACAACCCUCUCAUUAUACAUGUCAUAUUACCUACACAGUUGCAGGGAAUGAAAUGCAAAAUAAUUAAAUUGCCCUCCCUCCCUCCAUCAAUAAAAGUACAUUAUCUGUCAAACUUGCCUUAUUGUAACAAACAUAACCCCCGCCCCCACCCACACACACCUUUCCCUAAAUGGUAAAAGUGUUCAUAGGUUAGAAGUGUAAAUGAGUAUGCCCAUUAUGUCCAGUCUUUAAUAUUGCAAUGCAAAAAUAUACUUGACCCAAAUAUUGCUCUUCCUUGAAGGAUAUAACUCAAGCCUCCGAUGGACAAGUCAAUAUAAAUCUGAAAGCAUACUAAGUAUCUUUGUCUUUUACAUAAUAUGACUUGAAACAAAUAUGUUAUCAUAAUCAUAAGGUUUAGAUCUACAGUGUAACUUUUAACUGAAUUUAGAUUUGGUAAUAUAUAGUUGUUUAUAUAUAUGCCAGAAGGAGAAAAUAUAUUUGUACUUAUUGUUUCAAUUACCGUUAGAGCCUAGCUUUUACUUGUUUUGUAUUAUUUUAAAUUUAAAUGCCAUUGAUUCAUUCAUUAAUCCUUAUAACACAUGGCAAUUCUUUCAGAAAACAUACACGUGUGCAUGAUUCUAUGGACCAAAAAUCCUAAAUACGUUAAGUAUAUACAUGUAUUUAUGAAUUAUUUUUACUGAAUGUGUUCAUAUUAAGUACAAUUGUUGAAGAUUAUCGUAGACAGCAUGGAUUACAUUCAGUUGAUAAAUACAUAAUUGUAUCAAUGAUUAUUUUGAAUGAUCAACGUUCAGAUCUAUUUCUUUGUUCUAAAUCCAUGACUCCAUGAAUUUGUUGAUUUUGAUUAUUUUUGAACCUUUGUAUCUACAUGUAUUAAAAUAAAUUUUCAGUGAAUAUUGUAUCCCAGUCUAUAUUGUAUUCCAUUGUCUGUUCCUUAUCAGUGUAGCUUUUCUUCUAAUAAUAACAUUACUGCCAUUAAUAUUCAUUUAAUUUUAAGAUACAUGUAUGUGAUGCUGAUAUUAAAUAAAUUCAAUUGUCCAUUU